AUGGUCCGAAAUUAUAUUAAGAAAAAAGAAAAGAGCUAUUCAAAAGAAAAGCUUCUAGAGGCACUGGAGUUGGUUAAAAGCAAAACGUUAAAUAGUUAUGAGGCAGCAAAAUCGUUUAAUAUUCCCAGAUCUACUAUAAUUUCACAUUUAUAUGGCACACGCGGUCAAAAACAGGUAAACCCUGGAAUGAAGACUGUAUUUUCAAUUGAUAUAGAGCAAAAAAUGGCUUCCUAUUUGCAUACUUUAGAAAAGUAUGGCUUUCCUCUAACUAAAAAAGAAGUUAAAAUACUAGUAUCGGAUUACGUCGUAAGAAACGGAUGGAUAACUCCAUUUAAGAAUAAUAUUCCUGGAGAUGAUUGGUUUCGUCGCUUUUGCAAAAGAAAUAAUUUAUCAUUAAAAAAACCUCAAUCAAUCGAAAUAGCUAGAAGAAAAGCCUGCAACCCGUUUACCAUUUAUGAAUACUUUGAUUUAUUGGAAAAUGCAAUAAAUGAAUUGGGCCUGGCCGAGAAACCCGAGCGCAUUUAUAAUCUAGACGAAACCAGUUUUUAUGUAAGUGGAAUGAAGCCCAUGAAAGAUCGGUGGGAAGAAGCUAUGGUUAGAUGGCAAAGGCUUCAUAUCGGAGCAAAGCUACCAAAAAGUGAGUUCGCACGAAUCAUUACUGAAAUAUGGGAUGCUUUGAAUCCUGUUAUUCUAUCCAAUGGAUUUAAAAAAACGGGUAUCUAUCCCUUAAAUCGGCAAGUGAUCCCAAAAGAAAAGUUUGAUCCCUUAACUUGGUCUAAAUGGGAGCAAUAUGUUCAAGCAUCUAAGCAGGGCAAUUACGGCGAAUAUGAUAAUGAAGCUAUGCAAUCAAUAUCUGAUUACAGUACACAAGAAUUGGUCAACAAACCUCUUCACAAUAUUCCAACUCUCGCCAAAUUGGCACUUAAUACUUUGAAUUCUCAACCGGAAAAUAAAAACCUCAAUUAUUGUAAAGCUUCAAAUCAAACAAAAAACAAGAUGCAAAAUAAAGAGAACGUAAUAAAUUACAAUAUUGAACAACAGGAUAAAUCAAUACAAUGUCAUGACCAGAAUAAGAAACCUAAAAAUAUUGAAAUAAAUCAAAUACUAAGAGUAAAAAAAGAAACAAAUAAAGAAACAAGAACCUAUGAGCAAAGUAAGAAAAUGGAGGAAGAGACAGCGUUAACACAAUCCUGUAACAAAAAUGAAACAACUCAUGAACAAGAAAAACAAAAAGAAAUCACGUUUCCAAAAACCGUAGACCCCCGAAAAUUUAAACUACCGCUUCCAAGCUCUAACAGAAAAAAUACUUACUCAAAUAAAAUUCAGAUUUUUGGAAACGAGUUAAUUCAGGCAGCAAAUACCUUUAACAAAAUUAAUGAAGAGGACUUUAACGUAUCUUUUGAAGAACUUCUGUUAAAUUCAAUUGCUCACAAUGAUCCUCCAAAAAAUAAAAAAAAACGCGUGACGAGAGGAGCGGAGAUACUAACUUAUCAGGAAGUUAUUGAUAGAAUAGAAAAGGAACAAGAAGAAAAAAGAACAAAGAAACUACAAAAAAAUAAAAAAGCAAAAAAGAAUAAAGAAACAAAAAUUAAAAAGCUAAAUAAAAAGAGAAAAAGAGGCAUUAAGAGAAAUACUAAAAUAAAAAAGAAUCAUUAUGAAACUGACAGCAACAGCAGUUGUUCCUAUCAAUCAGAUGAUAUAUCAGAUGAAGACGAUAAGACUUUUUGGGAAAGCUUACUAACUGCAGAACUUAGCGAUGAAUUAGACAUCACUGAUGAAACCAAUGAGCAAUUUUCUGAAAUCGCGUCUACUUCGACAGAAAUGGCAUCUGUUUCAAAGGAAAUAGUAACCACGUUUAAGGCUAUGCCAUCAUAUUUGGAAGAACCUCAGGUCCCAAAAUUCCCAGAAGAAGGCACUUUUGUUUUAGCGAAAUUUAGUUCUGCGCGGGGCAAAAAGACUUACAAAUAUGUAUGCCGUGUACAAGACAUCUCAGAUGACAAAAUUGUAGUUACAGGGCUGAAAUCAUACAAACAAAAAAACACGUUUCGUAUAAUCAAAAACGACAUCUCAAUUAUUGAUUUGAAAGAUAUUGUUACUUAUCUUCCACAACCAGAGCGCUUAGAUGGAGAACUAUUUAAGUUUCUCAAUAAUAUUGAUGUGUAUGAAGUGUAA